UUCAAAGACUAAACUGAAUGGGUCACUUUAGUUCAACAUUUGUGUUUGUUUUUAUUGUUGCUUAAUUUAUAUGUGGUGUUUUUUAAUAUUCUGGUUAUACUACUUUAGUUUAACGGCUUUAGUCACUUUUCACACAGUCAAAUAGCAAAGAACAAGUUUCGCGAAAAAUAAUACAUAUAAUAUACGUAUAUGCAUUGUAUAUGUAAAUUAAGAAAAACUAUUUUUAAGUAAAUCGUCGUACGAGAACCGUCAAUAUGGAAAUCUGAGUUAUACAUUUAAAACUUUUUUCGUUUGGCAGAUAAGAUAAAGUCAAAGUCUGCGCGUGAAUUAUGAUUAGUGAUAAAUAAUAUUAAGACAAAUUAAAGAGUGCUGUGGUACAGACAACGUUAAAUUCUUGCACAAAAGCAAACAUGUCCAAAAUUGGUGGUCUCAAUGCUACCAAAGAGGCUGCAACUAGAGAAUGGCUAGAGCAGCAGGAACAACUCAGCCAUUCGGAAUUCGAAGAGGAUGAUAUUUCGUCUAUAGCGGAAUCUUCAAUCAUCUCCAGCAGUGAUGGAGACUACGAAACGGAAGCCGAAGAAGAUUAUGAUCUAACAAAUAAUACACUAACAACUACAGUAUUGGGCAAUCAGUAUACGCCUACCGAUAUGUCUGUGGUAAUAGAGAAUCUUCGUCAGUUGCUGAAUUCUAUAAAUAGCGUGCAAACAUUGGAAAAUGUGCAUAUUGAAAACUCGUCAAAUGUCACCAUCGGUAAUGUCACAAAUAUUAACGGCAAUAUACAGAUAAUACAGCGCAUUAAAAAGCCUCCACCGCAUAAUACGCGACAAACUUCAACAACAACAGCAACAGCUAAAACAGUGCGAAAAAAGUCAAAUGAUUCGUCAAUAACACCCGUUAGUGAGGAGCAAGAAGAGCGCGUCAAGCGUGAUGCAUUUAUCGAACGCAUAAAGUAUAAAAUACCUAAAGAGCUUUGUUCUGUCAUACCGCGUAGCACUUGGCUUGCCCAAAAACCCAUGGAGGAUUACGAUUACAUACAGGAGCCGUUGAAAUUAGUGAUUAUUUCACAUACCGCCACAGAGAGUUCGGAGAAGCAAGCGGUUAACGUACGCAUCAUACGAGACAUACAGUGCUUUCACAUUGAAUCACGUGAAUGGAACGACAUCGCUUACAAUUUUCUAGUCGGCUGUGAUGGCAAUGUUUAUCAAGGACGCGGCUGGGGUGUGGUGGGUGCACACACAAUUGGCUAUAAUUCGAAAUCACUGGGUAUUGCAUUUAUCGGUUGCUUCAUGCGUCAGUUACCCAGCGAAGCGGCGCUGAAUUCAUGCAAAAACUUUUUGAAGCGCGGUGUGGAGGAAGGUCACUUGGCGCCGGAUUACAAGCUUAUUGCACAUUGUCAGUGUCGUUCGACAGAGAGUCCUGGCCGCAAGCUGUAUGAAGAGCUACAAACUUGGGAACAUUUCUAUAAUAUCGGCGAAGAGGAGGACACGGAGUAGCUUGCAUAAAUUUAAGGCACACAAAAAUUAAAUUAUUGAGUUCUCUCUAUACAACAUAAGCUUUAAAUAUUGUGUUAUAGUAAGUUAUAAGCUUUUAACUAUUUGCAUUUAAUGCAUUCAUAUGUACCUAGAUUAUUUAUUAUAAUAAUCAAAAAAUAAAAUAAAAAACACUAUUUUUCACUGUUAUUUCAUAUUUUCUUAAUUUAUUAUUACUCGAGCGCAUACAGAAACGGAAAUUCCUGCAAUACAACUGUAAUUAACCAUGAUGUCGUCGGUUGCUAAAGCGAUAAAUGCGAUUGUAUGCCAAAAGCAGCCUUAGACUUCU